UUAUUAUUAUUACUGUUGUUGUUGUUGUUGUUGUUGUUCAUCUUAUUGUUAUUAUUAUUUAGAUGGUAUAUCUGACAAGAAGUCUGGGAUCUCUGAAGACAACAAUCUUUUGUAACGUCUGAGUCCUGGGCAAGAUCCAGUACAAGGGAAGAAAAUGGAGACAUCUAAGGGUGUGAGGACUGAGGAUGUGUAUCAGACUCUUCGCCAGCCUCCUUUAGUGAAGAACUCACACUCUAAACAUGCAUCACAGAAAGACAGAAAUCUCAUGACAUUGCUGAUAUUCAACACUCUUUUAAUGAUCAUUAUUUUGCUCAUAAAUGGAUAUCUUGUAUACCUGCAAAUGACAGGUCCAGGAUUGGAAUUAAAUGGCAAAAGAGAGUUGUGGCAUCUCUAUGAUGGCGUAUUGUAUCUAAUCUGGGACGCCAAAGGGAACUGUUCUGAGGCUGAGGAAUUCUGUAAACAGAAAAACUCACGCAUUGGCAACAUCACAUCCAGAAACAAAGACUGGUUUCUAUCUCUGUCAAAAGGCAAGAAACUAUGGAUGGAUAAGAGGCAGAUCAAAGAUGAAACGUUGGAUAAGACAUUCUAUCAAUGUCCAUCUUGUGAUAUGAAGGACCCCAGAGUGCCAGACUCAGAAGAAAUGCAUGGUUGGAUAUGUGAAAGAAGACAAGAGAAUAUGGGUUCAGCUCUAUGUGAAGUUAAAGUGUCUGGACCGCCUGGUAUUCCUGGCCCUAGAGGCAUUGCUGGACCGCCUGGUCUUGUUGGCCCUAGAGGCUUUCCUGGACUGCCUGGAAUUCCUGGAAUCAAGUGCCUUCCUAGCCCACCUGGACCUAUCUGUCCUGAGCACAACCCCUCAGUGAACCAACCCUAAAGGUGUCAAAUUAAAAAGUGCCAGUGAAGUUACUUCGUUUUGCUUGAGAAUGAUGUUGUAUGUACAACGCUAUCUCUGUAGAUGCUAUCUCUGUAGUUAGUACUGUGUAAGCACAGCUCUAAUUUAACACUGCAGACAUCCUGGGCAAUGUGCACUCGCUCUGUCAGGGUGCAUCCUACUGUCUGUAACAGGUCCACAUCACUUCUGAUUCGCCUAUGCAUGUAUAUAAAACUGAAUCUAUAUAUGAGUGUAUGACAUCCAUCAGUGUGCUUCAAUAAAUA